CGAGAUGCCUGGUGACUUCUAGAGGUGGACUUGGGCAGGUGUCACAGGUGAACUCACACCUUGUUUUUCCCCCCAAAACAGGGUUUCUCAUUCCCAAACCUUGGCUGGAUGGAGGAGAAGGCCAUGAGGACGAGGAAGAUGCUGCGGGUGCUCCAGGCAGGCCCCGAGCUGAGGACGGAGAGCACGGAGGACAAAUCCCCCCGGCAGAGCCUGGUGGGAGAGGCCGUUUUGAAGGUCCCCCCGGCGCAGGAGGAGGAGGAGGAGGAAAAGCCACAAAGGUACCCCCGGAGGAGGAGCUGCAAACCCAUCCCAGGGAGCUGUGAGGAAGAACAAGCGACCCUGUGCCGGGAAGGCGACCAGAACUCUGACCGGAGCUCGAACCUCCUCACCCACUGGCACAUCCACACCGGGGAACGGCCCUACACGUGCGGGGAGUGCGGGAAGAGCUUCAGCGACAACUCCACCCUGAGCAGGCACAGGAAGAUCCACAGCGGGGAACGGCCCUACAAGUGUGGGGAAUGUGGGAAGAGCUUCAACGACAGCUCCGCCCUGAGGCGGCACCGGCGCAUCCACCUCGGCGAGCGGCCCUACAAGUGCGGGGAGUGCGGGAAGAGCUUCGCCCGCAGCUCCCACCUCGUCACCCACCGGCUCAUCCACACCGGGGAGCGGCCCUACAAGUGCGAGGAGUGCGGGAAGAGCUUCAGCGACGGCUCCUACCUCUUCACCCACCGGCGCAUCCACACCGGGGAGCGGCCCUACGGGUGCGGGGAGUGCGGGAAGAGCUUCACGAAGAACUCCAACCUCCUCACCCACCGGCGCAUCCACACCGGGGAGCGGCCCUACACGUGCGGGGAGUGCGGGAGGAGCUUCACCCAGAGGUCCCACCUGGUCCACCACCGGCAGACCCACACCGGGGAACGGCCCUUCCCGUGCUGGGAGUGCGGGAAGAGGUUCCAGACCAGCUCCAAUCUCCUCAAGCACCAGCGGACGCACACGGGGGAGAGGCCCUUCCGCUGCACCCGCUGCGGGAAAGGCUUCGGCCAGAGCUCCCACCUCGCCAGGCACCGGCUCGUCCAUGCCAGGGAGAGGCCCUGCAGGUGUGGGGAGUGCGGGAAGAGCUUCAGUGACGGCUCUGCCUUGGCCAAACACCAACAGUUCCACGUCAGCGAGAAGCCCUACAGGUGCCUGGAGUGCAGCCAGGGCUUCAGCCAGAUCCUCAACCUCUUCUACCACCAGCGCUCGCACACGGGCAGACAGGGGCCCCACAAAUCCGCCGGGGAACAGCCCUACAGGUGCUUGGAGUGCGGGAAGAGCUUCAGUUACAACUGCAGGCUCGUCGCCCACCGGCGCCUGCACAGGGGGGAGAAGCCCUUCGAGUGCCAGAAAUGCGGGAAGAGCUUCGGCCGGAAAUUCCACCUGAUCCGCCACCAGGCGGUCCACACCGGGGAACAGCCCCACCGGUGUCCUGAGUGCGGGAGGGGCUUUCGGGACAGCUCGCACCUCACGAGGCACCGCUGGACGCACCGGAGGAAGGGGCCCUUUUCCUCCACCCGCAGCAGGAAGAGCCUCAAGGACAACUCCAUCCACGCCAAAAAGAGGCUCCACAAGUGUCCCGAGUGCGGGAAGAGCUUCGGCUUUCUCUCCUUCCUGCUCCGCCACCGGGCGAUCCACGCCAAGGAACGGCCCUACAAGUGCGGGGAGUGCGGGAAGGGCUUCAACCGCAGCCACAACCUCGCCAACCACCGGCGCCUGCACGCGAACGAGCGGCCCUACAAGUGCCCCGAGUGCGGCAAGAGCUACAGCAUCAGGUCCAACCUGAACCGCCACCGGAGGAUCCAGUGCAGGGAACGGCCCUCCGAGCGCCCCGAGGGCGGGAAGGGGGUUAAAACCAGCUCAGAUCUCCUCGUGCGUCAGCAGACGGACGCGGGGGAGAGGCCCUUCCGCUGCGCCGACUGCGGGAAGGACUUCAACCGCAUCUACAACCUCAUCAACCACCGGCGCCUGCACACGAACGAGCGGCCCUACGAGUGCCCCGAGUGCGGCAAGAGCUACAGCAUCAAGUCCAACCUGAACCGCCACCGGAAGAUCCAGUGCAGGGAGCGCCCCCAGGGUGGGAAGGUGCCGCAGCCCG